AUGACAAAACGAACGAAGGCAUCCAGGAAGACGCUACGCGCGCAAACCGUGACUGCUCAGGCGUCGGCGAUCGACGACGCCCAGCUAACCUCUUCCGAUCACGCGUCCCAUCCUGUUCCUCCUCGCACACCUCCUCGCAACUCUCGACCAGGCUCUGUCCAAUCAGAAUCUGUUGAGGACACUCCCAUGAGUCAUAGCUCCCAUGGAGCUGAUCGUGGGUUUGCCACCGUUGAGGCAGCAGUGGAUUUCCUUCACGAGGAGCUUUCAGAAAAUUAUAGGCUCCAGUCCGGUCCUGACUUCGGAGUCACCCUCCCUAACGGGGUGGAUGAUGAGCGACUGGACGAUUUCUUGGCAAAAUCCCGAUUCUAUACUAAGCAGAAGCGUUGGAAGGGCAUUCCAAAGAAGCCAAGUUGCGAGAAGAAGCUGUACCAACCUUUCUUAGAAUUGAUCUGUGGCAUUCUCUCGUACUUUCAGUUUACCACACGGCAGGCUCACGACACGCACGCGAGGAAGCUCACUCAUGUCGAAGGGGUCAGCAAUACGGCAUUGAAGUCGUCCCCCGACAUAUUUAUCUCCGGAACUGGUGACGCUUUUUGUCCAGUUAGCAAGCUGAGGAAUUCAUCAAAACUGUCAUCGAAACCAAGCUAUCGAGCAUGCGCCAGCCCCCUUGAAAUCAAGACCGACAAGAACUAUACGUUCGAUAGCAACCUCAUCCAAAUCGCCGUUUACGCCCGACAAUGUUUUAUUCAACAGGAGAAUCGAUUUUUCGUUUAUUCUGCAAUCUUAACAGAAACAUUCAUUCAACUUUUCCAAUUCGAUCGCGCCGGUGUUAUGUUCUCGGGAAAAAUCAACAUCCAUAUUCAUCCUCGCUCAUUUGUUCACAUCAUCCUCACCUUGGCAUCCCAAGAUCCUGUAGCCCUCGGCUUCGAUAAAAGCAUACAUUGGCGUAACAGCAAACGGUACCUGUCCAUGGACGUGGAGAAUGAGUUGGUCGAAUUCGAAAUCAAAAAGCUGAAGGCGUCCUUCCUUCGUCGCGCGAUCCGUGGUCGAGGAACGUGCUGCUGGAAUGUUGUCAAUCCCAAAACGAAAGAGGAGUAUUUGGCAAAGGAUUGCUGGCGCUCGGCCAAUCGAACUCCUGAGUGGGAACUUCUGGAAAAGGCCAAGGGACUCGACGGUGUGGGGCAGAUGAUUGGUUAUUGGGAACCAGGGUUCAGCGUUGGCCGUUUAAGGGGUAUUGGUCGCGAUACCCCAGGGUUUCGAGACCGGGAUUUUUGCAGAGUGUUGCUGGAGAGAUACGGCAAACCCAUCCAUCAGUUUGACGACCGAAAAAAGCUUCUUUACGCCCUCCGGGAUGCUAUUUCGGGACAUCAAAACCUUUGGAACGCUGAAAUUCUUCAUCGAGACGUGAGCAUCAAUAAUAUUCUUAUGGGAAAGAAAGAUGCGCCAGUUGGUAACCGGGGCGUGAUUAUCGACCUUGAUAUGGCAAUUCUGCUCAACCGAGAAGGAAGCCUUGCAGGAGUUGACUUUCGAACGGGCACUCGCGCAUUUCAAUCCAUGAUGGUACUCCGAAGUCAAACAAACAAGCCUGGCGUUAUAUUCCCUGCCCACGACUACCUCGAUGAUCUAGAAUCUUUCUUUUACGUCUUCUGCUAUAUUUGCUUCGCUUACGAAGCACCAGGGAAGAAGAAGAGCCCACAGCCGACUUUGUUGACAGAAUGGGAAGACUUUAACUCGAACACAGCAAGACAUUCAAAACUCAGUUUCCUCACUGAGUCUUCUGAUCACGAUCUUUCGCCAUGGUUUGGAGAAGGAGUUUUCCAGACCCUCUUACAACAGAUGGGGCAAUUUGUCUACGACCACUACAUGACGAAGGACAGAAGGCUUAAACAACCUCGCCGAUGCCUCAAUGAUCUCACAGAGGCGGCGCAUGAACAGUACGCUAUCUUUUUAGGCUACGUCGACGAAGCGAUAGAGAAAUUGGAAGCCAUGCAACCGGAAGUCGCACCUGACGGCACAAUCCUCGCCAGUGGUGUUCCUCCCAUAACUCCGCCGCGGUCAUCCCCCAGUAGUAGCAAACGACCCUCGAACGAUGUCCUGGAAGGAAGUCCCUCAUCCAAAAAGCCCAAAAGGAACCCCCAUGCGCCAAGGUUUCCCUCUACCCUAUCGAUGGAAACUGGUACAAUUGAUGAUUCGCUACACAAGUUAGCGUAG